GGGCGCAGCCGGCAGCGCGGGGAAGAUGGCGGACAGGGAAAGCGGCGUGGGGAAGCGGCCCCGGGGCGCGCAGGUUGAGGACAGGAAGGUGGACUGGCGGCGCUGGAAGCAGGAGAGGAAAGCAGAGACGAAGAAAUGGAAGGAGAUUAAGCUGCUGAAGAAACUGGACAAACAGCGGAUGCGAGAGCUGGCAGAACAAGAAGCCCAGACGCAGGAGGAGCAGAAGGAGGACAGAGGCCGGCCGCACACGCUGAGCGUGGCCCUGCCCGGCUCCAUCCUGAACAACGCGCAGUCGCCGGCGCUGCGCUCAUACCUGGCCGGGCAGAUCGCCCGCGCCUGCGCCAUCUUCUGCGUGGAUGAGAUCGUGGUGUUCGAUGAGCAUGGAGAGGACGUCAAGAGCGUGGAGGGGGAUUUUGAAGGAAUUGGGAAGAAAGGCAAGGCUUGUGUGCAGCUGGCUCGGAUCCUGCAGUACUUGGAGUGCCCUCAGUACUUGAGGAAAUCCUUUUUUCCAAAACACGAGGACCUGCAGUUUGCAGGGCUGCUCAACCCCCUGGACAGCCCCCACCAUAUGAGGAUGGACGAGGACUCUGAGUACCGGGAGGGCGUCGUGCUGGACCGGCCCACCAAGCCAGGCAGAGGCUCUUUUGUUAACUGUGGGAUGAGGAAGGAGGUGCAGAUUGACAAACAGCUGAACCCUGGUCUGCGAGUCACCGUGCGCCUGAAGGAGCCCCAGAAUCCAGAAGCCAAAGUGCGGAAAGGCACCGUGGUGUCCUCGCAGCACCCCCGGGCAGUCUCAGGCUUGUACUGGGGCUACAGCGUCCGCCUGGCCUCCUGCUUGAGUGCUGUCUUUUCCGAGUGCCCAUUCAAGGAAGGUUAUGAUCUCUCUAUUGGCACCUCAGAGCGGGGCAGCUCCGUGGACCAGGUCACUCUGCCCUCCUUCAGGCAUGCCCUUGUCGUAUUUGGAGGCCUUGAGGGCUUGGAAGCUGGGGUUGAUGUGGACCCAAACCUGGAGGUCACCGACCCGAGCGUCUUGUUUGACUUCUACCUGAACACGUGUCCCAGCCAAGGCAGCAGAACCAUCCGGACAGAGGAGGCACUGCUGAUCUCUCUGUCUGCGCUGAGACCACACAUUGAGGAGGCUGUGAAGACACCCAAAGACAGCUGAGGGAAGGGAAACCGGUGACCUUGCCCUUGGGGAGGCUGCUCUUCAAAUGUGGGGUGCUGGGCAAGUCACUCCAGGAGCCUGGAGGGACCAAGGCACAGUGUGACUGGACCUGGCUGCACUGCCCAGCUACGGAGACCCAGGGUCAGAGAGAGACACUCUGAAUACAGUGGUCUGGCCCAUAAGCAGUUGCAGACCCAUGUUAAUGCCACAGGUUAUAUUGGUAUCACCCAGUCCAACUGCCCUUUUUUCCUUAUAUGGACUCUCUCUAGAAUGUUCUCCCCUCUCUUGUCUCCUAUUGGUGCUGGUUUAUUGCAGUGCCCCACCCCUGUUACCUCAUUGGUUCCCCAGUUGGCUGCCCCUCCUCUGUGCCACUUGCACUCAGUUCCCAUUGGCCCUUGGCCCUCAGAUCCGCCCCUUUCCCCCUUAUAAAACCCUGUGUACUCAGCUCCAUUUGGUCUCAGUCCUUAGACCCUGUUCAUUGCAAUAAACUCUGUUUGGAGCUCCACACCAAGACCUGUCUGUCACCUCUUUCAUCAGCAGUUUAAGCAAGCGUGCUCUGGGAGUGCAGGUGGCUCACAAGAGGCUCAUUGGGGACACACCACAACACCCAGCCAGGCAUUCAGUGCUGCUGGGAGCCCAGGUCUGUGUCCUCCUGCCUGCGUGGUCCAGCCAAGGGCUGGUUGCUGCUUCCCAGCAGUUGGUAUGAGCCUGGUAGCAGACUUGGUCUCAGCAACUCGGACAUCUGGGGUGGGAAUAAAGCAGUAUGGAACCUCAGUUGCUGUGAAAUCCAGGUGUGUGCCUGGAUUCCAGCCAGUGCCUCUGGAGUGAUAUGGCCUUCAGACUGAAACAAAGUCAGAACUUACCCUUAUGCCAAGAAGCUGUUCCUGCCUCAGCCUGACUUCCCCCAGCCCCCCUUAAAGGCUUCAU